CAGAGGGCAGAGAUAGUAAAUUCGUAAUCCGUAAAAAUUGCAAUACAUUACCUAAUAGAAGCAUUAAACAUGGCGCCUCAAGAGUCAUGGAUGCGCAAUUACCUAGAUGCCGAGCAACUUGGUCAAGAAAUAAUGGAGUUAAUAAAUGAGCGUAAUUCAUUACAGAGAACUGGAUCCAAUUCAGCUAGGAUUCAGUCCACAAUUCGAAGCAAAUUACAGCAAUUUUCAAGAGAUAUAAAAGAUUUAAAGGAUGUAUUAAUGCGUACCUCAUCAUCUUCUCAAAUCACUAUUCAAGAAGCCACACGGAGACAAAAUCAACUUGAUCUGCUUAUAUCAAGGGAGAAACAAUUAAAUGAAGCCUUCAAGCCAUCUGCAAAUUAUAACAAUGACUUUGGACGGUCUGGUCUGUUAAAUGAAGGAUUCGAUCGCGAAAAGAAUAAUCCAUUUGGUGCCACGUCACGUGAUGACAGGGCGGAUGAUAUUACUCCAGACAAAUUUCGGACACAACAACAACAAAUUAUAGCUGAACAAGACAAAGGCCUCGAUGCGCUUUCUCAAGUCAUAAAAAGACAGAAGUUGAUGGGUCAGGAAAUUGGAAAUGAAAUUGACUAUCAAAAUGAUUUAAUUGAUGAAAUAACAGACGGUGUGCAGAAUACGAAUCAAAAAUUAAUUAAAACAGAUGCACAUACUAAAAAAGUGACGAAGAAAACAGGAAGCUGCGUGUUGAUGAUUAUCGUCGUACUUCUGUUGAUUGCUAUCAUUGUUACCGCUGUUGUUCCGAAACCAUAGUAAUGUCCACAUGGCAGGUAUCUUACAAAAAAAUCUAAAACGACUGAAUUUUUAAAUUGUGCAAACUGAAAUUCUGCAGCAACUAGCUAUUGUACAAUGGCUCCAAUUACAAUUUCAUGAAAAUACGUAUCGCCAAUAAUAUCCACAAAACCUUGCUGUAGCUGUUGCUUAACCAUGGAGCGUAACAAUUUUAGCUUUGUGUUGUUUCACGUUUAAAUUACUUUAGCUAGACCAAACAAGAUUUCUUCUUUCUUUUCUGCAUUUAUAUAGUAAAGAAAAAGCGAGGGGCUUUUUUGUCGUCAUAAAAGCAAGAAAAUAGUGUUGUUUUGUUACUGUUUUGUAAAUAAAUAAAUUUUUUUGGAAUAUAAGAAAUUAACUGUUAAAUUAAAAGUUUAUAAACAAA